UGAUACAAUUUUCUUAUUUUAUUCCUUGUAAUUAAUUUGGGUGCUGUUUUUCUUCCUUUCCAUCAUUACUUGGUGCCAAUAAUGUUUCACGAAACAUAUCCAUUUCUGUUUCAGAUGGAGAUGAAUCGAGGGCGAAAUAAAGAGAAUUUAUGCAAUUUUUAAAAGAAUUCCCAUUGUUUCCCACCAACCAAUUCAGGUCGUCUUGUUCUUGUCUUUCCUUCUUUCCGUUUCGGUCUCUUAGAGAAAUAGAGAUUAAUGGGGCCUAUAAAUUGGUCGCACAGUAUUUGAUUUUCAAUGUAUAAACCCUUCGCGUUGAAAAUCUCCCCUCUCCAACGUCUGGUUUCAACCGAUUUCUUCAGAUUUCGCUACCCAUUUCGUCCAAACCUUGCUUUUCAAUCAAAUCUUCUUGCAUUUAGCUUUCGUCAAUUUGUUUCCCGCUCAAAGUUUGGGGGUAGGGUUCGUUGUUUUUCGAGUUUCAAUUCGAAUAUGACGAUCACGACCUUGCCGAGUAUCAAAGAUGGAUGCCUCAUCGUCGGCGACAAGGUGGUUCUGAACGCCGUACCGGACAAUGUUGUUGUCUCUCCAGUGACGCAUCGGGCAGCUUUCCUCGGCGCCACUGCUUCUAGCUCUAGCUCUCGUCAUCUGUUUUCGGUCGGAAUUCUUGAAAGGCACGAGUUUUUAUGCCUAUACAGAUUCAAAAUGUGGUGGAUGAUACCAAGAAUUGGGAAGUCAGGCAGUGAAGUGCCUGUGGAAACCCAAAUGCUUCUUUUAAAAGUGGCAGAAGAAUCUGCUUUGAAUGAUGAAAGUUCAGCUGAUCAAGACACUGAUAGGUCUUAUUACAUCCUGAUUUUGCCUGUCUUGGAUGGAUCAUUCCGUGCAACUUUGCAAGGAACCCCACAAAAUGAGCUUCAAUUAUGUGCUGAGAGUGGGGAUGUUAAUGUUCAAACUUCAAAAACAUUGGAAGCUGUAUUUAUAAACUCAGGAGAUAAUCCUUUUGAGCUCAUUACAAAUUCUAUGAAGGUACUCGAAAAGGUUAAAGGAACUUUUAGUUGCAUCGACAACAAGAAGAUUCCUUCGCAUUUGGACUUGUUUGGUUGGUGCACUUGGGAUGCGUUUUACACCGAUGUUAAUCCACAGGGGAUAAAGGAAGGUCUUCGGAGCUUUUUGGAUGGAGGUGUUUCCCCAAAAUUUCUAAUUAUUGACGAUGGAUGGCAAGAGACCGUAAAUGAAUAUCGCAAAGAAGGUGAACCGGAUAUCGAAUGGAUACAGUUUGCCACGAGAUUAUCGGACAUCAAAGAGAACAAAAAGUUCAGGGGUUCUGGUUCAGAUGAUUCUCUACAGGAGCUUGUUCAUAGCAUUAAAGAACAAUAUGGGCUUAAAUAUGUCUAUGUAUGGCAUGCUUUAGCUGGUUACUGGGGAGGCGUGCUCCCGUCUUCUGAAUCAAUGAAGAAGUACAAUCCUAAGAUCGAGUAUCCCAUUCAGUCACCAGGGAACGUUAGCAAUCUUACAGACGUUGUCGUAGAUAUCUUGGAGAAAUAUGGACUUGGAGUUAUCGACCCUGAGAAGAUUUACGAGUUCUACAAUGAUCUCCAUGGCUAUCUAGCGAGCAUUGGCAUUGACGGGGUCAAGGUGGAUGUCCAAAACAUAAUGGAGACCUUAGGUACAGGACACGGUGGACGUGUAUCAAUCACUAGACAGUAUCAAGAAGCGUUAGAACAAUCAGUUGUAAGAAACUUCAAAGAAACUAAUCUGAUUUGUUGCAUGAGUCAUAACUCCGACUCGAUAUACAGUUCAAAGAAGAGUGCAGUUGCUAGAGUAUCAGAGGACUUCAUGCCUAGAGAGCCAACGUUUCAAACUUUACAUGUUGCUGCUGUGGCUUUUAAUAGCCUUCUAUUAGGGGAGAUUGUUGUGCCAGAUUGGGACAUGUUUCAUAGCAAACAUGAAACAGCUGAGUUCCAUGGUGCAGCAAGAGCGUUGGGUGGCUGUGCUGUAUAUGUUAGCGACAAGCCCGGGAACCAUGAUUUCAAGAUACUCAGGAAGCUAGUAUUACCUGAUGGAUCAGUCCUACGGGCAAGACAUGCAGGUCGGCCUACUCGAGACUGCUUAUUUCAGGACCCUGUGAUGGAUGGAAAAAGUAUAUUGAAAAUAUGGAACUUGAACAAGUUAACCGGGAUCGUAGGCGUGUUUAACUGCCAAGGCGCAGGACAGUGGCCAUUGAUGAAAGUGGCUCAGAAUGAAGAUACCUCAAAGUCUACAAAUUUAACAAUCACAGGUAGUGUCCGACCAAAUGAUGUAGAAUUUCUCGAAGAUGUUGCAGGUGAAAACUGGGAUGGAGAUUGUGCAGUUUAUGCGUUCAACUCAGGAUCUCUUUCUAAAUUGAAACGGAAAGAAAGUGUUGAGGUUGGAUUGAGAACUUUAGAGUGUGAGAUAUACACCAUUGCUCCAAUCAGGGUUUUCGGCAACGAUAUUCACUUCGCACCAAUAGGAUCGCUCGACAUGUAUAAUUCAGGAGGAGCUAUCGAAACUCUAAGUCAUAGUAUGGAUCUUUCACAAUGCACCAUCAAAAUGAGGGGACGAUUCUGUGGCAGAUUUGGAGCAUACUCGAGCACGAAACCAAGCCGAUGCACAGUUGACCUGAAAGAAGAGGAGUUUACAUAUGAAUCUGGAAGUGGACUAUUAAGAGUGAAACUUGAAGAUGGUUCCAUUUCAAGAGAGAUAGAGUUUGUAUGUUGAUGAUAUGUUGAGCAUGAGGAAUAUUUUGUUUGAAAUAUGAAUCUCAGCCGUUCAUUUCGGCUAAAUCUUGUAAAAACAAUCACACUAUAUAAUAAAAAGUUUGGUUUCAUUUGGGCUUAAA